AUCUCAUAUCAAUGCCCGUCGAGAAAUCUCAGCCUUUAUUGCUCAAGCACAUCCCACCCGGUCAAGUACACUAUACCUAGCCGGUCAUGCCUUGUCCGGCCCAUGAAUUACUCGAGACAUGAUGUAUCUGUUGCUCUUGCUUGGUGUGGCCAGAUGUGGAAGGGGGCGGCUGAUACCAAGGUUGAUAGGUAGGUCGGGAGGGGCGUUGAUCCGAUCUCGAGUGACAAAUGGAGCCUAUACGGAUAAUAGCAGUAGUAUUUACAGUACAGGGAAGAAGGCGUGGUACACCUUGUUGGCCCGCUCCCCCCGCGUAUCGUGUGCUUCGCUUUUCCGGAAGGCAAUGGAGCCCCUUCCUGAGCAAAGAGGAAUGAAGAGAGAGGACUACUACUACUACUACUACUACUACUACCAAACCAAAACCCACCCCAGCAUUGGUUUUGUGACAUCGCUCCUCCCCCCGUGCGUCGCUAGAUACCUACCUACCUGGCGCUCCAAUAUGGCGGGGUGAACCCUGCUCCCGUCUCGUUUCGGACCUUCUUCGACCUUGCUUGCUUGCCUGCCUACCCGUCUCGCCUACCUCCAGUCCGCG